AUUUAACCCCAGAUAGGUAUUAUAUAACUCCCCAGUUACCAGCAAGCGUGUAUGCCGAGCAGAACUAGCGUGCUUGGUUACCGAUCAAUUCUAAGCUUGUACGCCACACAGUUCGAGAGGUGACAAUGGCGCUGAUGUCAGUGUGAGAGCCGUCAACGAAAUAUCCCCAUCAUUAACGAGAGUGGACAGUGGUCAGUGAAAACGUGGACGGGUAUUUAAGUGUGAGAGUGAAUUUCUUAUUUUCUAUUUUGACAUUUCGUGGGAUAAAACCUGUGUUCGGAUCUCAUACAGGUUUUCUUGGGGAGAAGAUCGUUUCGGACAGUGAUUAUUCCAAAAACUCCAUCAACGAAGCUAUGAAUUCUUGAUAGCGGAGCUUCGUAUUUUUCGUUUGGAUUAAUUUACUGCGUGUAGUGUAUCGACCAAUCAAAUUUUCGUAAAAUGGAUCGGACUACAACAGUUACGAGUGGGUUGAGGACGCCCAUCAUAUUUCUAAUGGUUCUUGUGCCCGGGAUUUUAUCACAAGCUGCGCCCAGUAACCCAACGAUUUCUAGUCCAACUGUCAACACGAUUGAAGAGGGCACGGUGACCUUCACGUGCGAAACGGAAGGUGGAAGCCCCACCCCGACAGUCAAGUGGUACAAGGAUAACACCCUUGUGGACGACACAUCAUUUACAGAUUCCUCUUCCGGAGUCUCGAUCCACAAAAACAUUUAUAGUGCAAACAUUCAAUUCAGUGACAAAAAUGUUGUGUUUAAAUGUGAAGUGGAGAACUCGGCCACAAGCUCGCCACUGACAGUGACCAAAUCAUUCAGCGAUAUUUACGUUGAGCCGUCGAGCCCCGUGCUACAGGGAGACUCGGCAGUGCAAGCUGGUGUCAGUGAGUCAUGGGCGUGCUACACAAAUCGCUCGUAUCCCAUUCCCACAAUCACGUGGAACUUAGACUCCCAAGCCUUUUCGCAGGGUAUUUCGACCUCUGUGUCUCAGAACAGCGACGCUACUUACUUUGUAACGAGUAUUUUGACAUUUACGCCGGUCUCGGGAGACAACAACAAAGUGCUCAUGUGCGAAAUCGAACAUUCGCAAACGCUUUCAUCUUCUAUACAAAGAACAAUUACACUACAGAUUACCGGUGGUGUAUCUAAACCCGCUAUGACAAUUCAACAGACAUCAUACAGUGCCACAUCCGGCUCUCAAGUCACGCUCCAAUGCACCGCAAGUGGUGCCACUUCAUUCUCAUGGCUCUUUAAUGGGACCAAUGUAGCAAACAACCCUUCAUUGGUCAGUUUUGGGAGCCUUCCGAGCCCGUCUCUGACCAUUCUGAGCAUGAGUAGUGGGAACAUAGGCAGUUACGUUUGUCGUGGUACAAAUAGUGGGGGUACUUCGGACAGCCCUGCCAUCUCCCUCUCUCUGAUCAGUUUACCCACAGUAACUGUUUCACAGACAAGCUAUAAUAUCGUACAGGGAAACACUGUCACACUGGCCUGUACUGUUAGCGGGGCGACCAAUAUAUUCUGGCAGAAGAUAGCAUUCAAUGGUCAGACGACCACCCUCACCAUUGACAACUCAAACUACGGCGGGUCAUCUGUUGGCGCACCUUCGCUGGUCAUCUACAACAUCGAUUCGAAUGACCAAGCAACCUAUGUGUGUAACGGUCAAAACACUGCCGGAACCACAACUGGAAAUCAAAUAACAUUGAUUGUUUCCUCAGGUGCCCCAAUACUUUCCACGGUACAGACAUCGUACAGCGUGUCGACAGGUACCACUGUAACCCUGUCGUGUUCCUACUCCAGUUCUACGUCUGUUUCCUCCGUCUACUGGCAAGUCACAAAGGGUGGAACCACGACAGCCAUCAGCACUUCAUCCUCACGAUUUUCGGGUGCCACUGUAUCUGCACCGUCGCUUCAAAUCAGCAGCACCCAGACAUCUGACUCCGGAUCAUACAGAUGUUUUGCUGUCAAUACCCUAGCGACGGGUGCAGGAAAUCCUAUCACUUUAACCGUGUCAGGAGGAAGUGUUCCCACUGUGACCGCUGCCACUACAGCGUAUUCCUCAUCUACCGGAUCAACCAUCGAACUGUCAUGUUCCGUAUCUGGUAGUCCAGCGGUUACUUCCGUAUUUUGGCAAAAAUUGAACACCAACAAUGUCUAUACAACAUUAUCAAUUGACGGGACGAACUAUGGCGGGUCGACGACCAGUAACCCCAACCUCUUAAUCUACAACACGAAUUCUGGUGACUCCGGGUCUUACUUGUGUAAGGCCACGAACAGCCUCGGCACCAGUCAGAGUGCUGCCAUCACAGUGUCUGUUUCCGGAAAUGUGCCUUCCGUCAGUAUAAGCCAAUCAAGCUACACCACAACCUCCGGCAGCACCGUCACACUCAUCUGUUCCGUGUCCGGAUCCCCCGCAGUAACCAACGUUUUCUGGCAACGCAAUAUAAAUGGAGUCACAAGCACCAUCACCAUUGACAACUCUAAAUAUGGCGGGUCGACGACCAGCUCUCCAUCCCUCGUGAUUUACAGCGCAGCUUCUUCAGAUAACGGACUCUACAGAUGUUUCGCCACGAAUAGCGUGGGCACAGGUCAAAGUGCCCAGACAACAUUCACCGUGACUGGUAGUGUACCGACAGUGUCCGUAUCACAGACCUCCUACAGUGUCAGCUCCGGGACGACGGUUACACUGGCUUGUUCCAUAUCCGCGAACCCAGUUUAUUCCACUGUAUAUUGGCAGAGAAAUAUUGGUUCAGGAACCCAGACAAUCACCAUUGACAAUAUAAACUUCUCCGGUUCAACAGUUAGCUCCCCUUCUCUGACCGUGAUCUCUGCCAGCAGCUCUGAUUCUGGCUCCUACAGAUGUUUUGCGACCAACUCUGUCGGAACUGGACAGAGUGGUUUUACCACGCUCACCGUCUCAGGAAAUCUACCAGCCAUAUCCAUAUCACAGUCAUCGUACAGUGUAAGCACGGGAACGUCCAUCACCCUGUCUUGUUCUGUAUCUGCGAACCCAGGACAUACAUCUGUAUACUGGCAGAGAAAUGUUGGUUCAGGAACACAGUCAGUCUCCAUCGACAACGUAAACUUCUCUGGCGCAACAGUAAGCUCCCCUUCCUUGACAGUGAUCACAGCUGACACUAACGAUGCCGGUACAUACACCUGUUAUGCUGUGAACUCUGUCGGCACUGGACAGAGCGGAACUAUCACACUCUCCGUCACAGGAAAUGUACCGUCCGUGAGCAUCUCACAAUCAUUCUACAGCGUCACCUCGGGAACGUCUAUAACCCUGUCAUGUUCCGUAUCCUCAAAUCCCGGACAUACGUCUGUGUUCUGGCAGCGAAUCGUUGGUUCAGGAACACAGUCAAUUUCCAUCGAUAACACAAAUUUCUCCGGUGCAACAGUUAGCUCCCCUUCCCUUAACGUGAUUUCUGCUGACAGUGGUGACUCCGGAACAUACAGAUGUUUUGCCGUGAAUGCUAUUGGGACUGGUCAAAGCAGCGCCAUCACCCUGUCUGUUUCAGGAAGUACGCCAGCUGUUUCCGUAGUCCAGUCUUCCUAUAGCAUCAAUUCCGGGUCGUCCGUUACGCUGGGUUGUUCUGUGUCCGGUAACCCUUCCGUAACCUCUGUAUUCUGGCAGAGAAAUGUUGGUUCAGGAACGCAGUCAGUCUCCAUCGACAAUGUAAACUUCUCUGGCGCAACAGUUAGCUCCCCUUCCUUGACAGUGAUAACAGCUGACACUAACGAUGCCGGUACAUACACCUGUUAUGCUGUGAACUCUGUCGGCACUGGACAGAGCGGAACUAUCACACUCUCCGUCACAGGAAAUGUACCGUCCGUGAGCAUCUCACAAUCAGCCUACAGCAUCACCUCGGGAACGUCUAUCACCCUGUCAUGUUCCGUAUCCUCAAAUCCCGGACAUACGUCUGUGUUCUGGCAGCGAAUCGUUGGUUCAGGAACACAGUCAAUUUCCAUCGAUAACACAAAUUUCUCCGGUGCCACAGUUAGCUCCCCUUCCCUGACCGUGAUCUCGGCUGACAGUGGUGACUCCGGAACAUACAGAUGUUUUGCCACCAAUGCUAUCGGAACUGGUCAAAGCAGCGCCAUCACCCUGUCUGUUUCAGGAAGUGUGCCAGCUGUUUCCGUAGUCCAGUCUUCCUAUAGCAUCAAUUCCGGGUCGUCAAUUACGCUGGGUUGUUCUGUGUCCGGUAACCCUUCCGUAACCUCAGUAUUCUGGCAGAGAAAUGUUGGUUCAGGAACGCAGUCAGUCUCUGUGGAUAACGUAAACUUCUCUGGUGCAACAGUUAGCUCCCCUUCCCUAACGGUGAUCACAGCAAGCAGCGGAGAUGCCGGUUCAUACACGUGCUUUGCCUCGAACUCCGUCGGGACUGGGCAGAGUACGACAACACUCUCUGUCAGUGGAAAUGUGCCGACAGUGUCCAUAGCCCAGUCUUUCUACAGCGUUUCCACGGGAACAACUGUUACGUUGACUUGUUCUGUAUCCGCGAGUCCCACACACACCACAGUGUACUGGCAGAGAAACAUCGGCUCAGGGUCACAAUCGGUCACAAUUGACAACGUGAACUUCUCUGGCGCAACAGUUAGCUCCCCUUCUCUGACGGUGAUAUCAGCCGACUCUAGUGAUUCCGGUUCGUACACAUGUUUCGCCACCAACUCGGUCGGGACAGGACAGAGUGGCACUACUACGCUAACAGUCUCAGGAAAUGUGCCCAGUGUUGCUAUUUCCCAAUCGUCGUACAGUGUUACCACGGGAACAUCCAUCACCCUAUCUUGUUCCGUAUCUGCGACCCCCUCGCAUACGUCUGUGUUCUGGCAGCGAAAUGUUGGUUCAGGGGUGCAAUCCAUCACUAUCGACAACGUAAACUUUUCAGGGGCAACAGUUAGCUCCCCUUCCCUGACUGUGAUCACAGCUGAUGCAAGUGACUCCGGAUCGUACACUUGUUUUGCCGUUAACUCUGUCGGUACGGGACAGAGUGGUUCCACUACACUCUCUGUCACAGGAAGUGUACCUACCGUGAUAGCCUCUCCUACCUCCUACACCGUUACCACGGGAAACAAUGCUGUGCUUCAAUGUUCCGUAUCAGCGAACCCAGCUGUUACUAACGUCUUCUGGCAGAAGCUCUUAAAUAACGUUUACACGACCCUGACCAUGGGUACCGGAGCGUACAGCGGGUCCACCACCUCUUCGCCGACGCUGACCGUUCUGAGUGCUAACAGUGACGACGCUGGUUCCUACCUCUGUAAGGCGUCCAACAGCGUGGGCACUGGUCAGAGCAGUGUCGUGACUCUCACAGUGUCAGGAAGUGUGCCGUCCCUUACGGUAACCCAGAGUUCUUACUCCAUCACCACUGGAAACUCCGUCACGCUCCAAUGCUCCGUGUCAGCGAAUCCCACGAUUACAUCUGUCUACUGGCAACGUAUACAGAAUGGCGCCACGGCUGGCGUCACUGUUGACGGCGUAAACUUCAGCGGAGCCACUACCUCGAACCCCUCGCUCACAGUGAUAACUGCUAAUCCCGGAGAUAGCGGAACAUAUACUUGUUUCGCCAUCAAUAGUGUGGGGACAGGUCAAAGUUCACAGAUCUCACUGACUGUCACAGGAAAUCUUCCUGUGGUCACCAUCGGUCAAACCACAUACUCUGUAAACACCAACUCUGUGGUAACACUCCAGUGUUCCGUGUCGGCCAAUCCAGCGAUUACAUCCGUCGUCUGGCAGAGGUCAACGGGCGGAACUACUUCCUCCAUCGCUAUUGACGGAUCGAAAUACUCGGGUGGGUCUACUACAAGUCCGACGCUAGUGAUCAACAAUGUCGCCAGUACUGACAGUGGCACGUACGUCUGUCAGGCAACGAACAGCAUCGGCACAGGAAUCGGGACGAGCAUCACUCUAUCUGUGACAGGAAGUAUCCCCGCGGCAACCAUCAGCCAGACCGACUUCACCGUGGUAACUGGCCUGACCAAGACCAUCCCAUGUACCGUCUCCGGAACUCCUUCCGUAACAUCGGUUGGCUGGAGGUUUACACACAAUGGUGUGACCUCGACCUUGAGUAUCGACGGGGUCAACUAUGGAGGGUCAUUGGUCAGCAAUCCCGCUCUUAUUGUUUACAACGCUGAUAACAACGAUCAGGGUUAUUACACAUGUACGGCAACAAACUCCGUGGGUACGGGGACAAGUUCCGCUACGUACCUCUACGUCACAGGAACCAUCCCAGUAGUGGUCAUUAGUCAGUCCAGCUAUAGUGUACUGACCUCCAAUACUGUGACCAUAGACUGUUCGGUCAGUGCCACUCCGGUCGCCACUGCUAUCGCUUGGCAACGCAUCAUCAAUGGGGUCACGACCUCAGUCUACAUCGAUUCCACCAAGUUUGGUGGCGCUACGGUCAGUAGUCCAUCCUUGACCAUCUAUAACUCCCAGAGUAGUGACGAGGGAGACUAUAUAUGUCUGGCCACUAACGCAGCAGGGACUGGACAGAGCUCGUCCACCUACCUACAAGUAACAGGAAAUCUCCCAACAGUUACGAUUGGUCAGUCUUCCUACACAGUGACCACCGGUCAGUCUCUGACCUUGACCUGUACCGUGUCUGCUUCUCCUGCGAUAAACAGUCUUGUAUGGAAGAAGAUACGAGGUGGCGUCACUUCAACAAUUUCAACGUCGGGGAGCAGUAAAUACUCCGGAGCAACUGUUAAUAACCCCUCCCUGACGAUCUCUAGUACUGACAACACAGACGAGGGAUACUAUUACUGUGAAGCUACAAAUGCUGUCGGAACCAGCGACAGUACACAGGCCUACCUGUCCGUCACAGGAAGUACACCGACUGUUGUGAUUGGUCAAACAACAUACUCCUUUACGACUGGUCAGUCAGCCACGCUUGGCUGCACAGUGACCGCUGUUCCCGCGGCAACCUCAAUCGCCUGGGAAAAAACAGACACCAACGGGAACACAAAUACAAUCAACGUGAACGGAGUCAAGUACACCGGAGGGACAACAGGGACCCCCUCUUUGACGAUCGUCUCCUCGGUAACCACAGACUCGGGGAACUACCGUUGCAGCGCCACAAAUAGUAUCGGGACGGGACAGAGUGAACAGACGUACCUGUACAUCACCGGAGACCUGCCGACUGUGACUGUUAGCCAAACCACUUACUCAGUCGUCACUGGUCAGUCGGUCACCCUAAGCUGCCAGGUAUCCGGAACACCAGUGGUCACCACCGUUGCAUGGAAACGGAGUAAAAAUGGAGUGACCUCCACCUUGACCAUAGAUGGGUCCAACUACAGCGGUAGUACAACGGGCAGUCCAUCCCUGAUCAUCAGUAGUGUCGACAGUGGCGAUACAGCUUCGUAUUUCUGUACCGCAUCAAACGCUGUGGGGACCUCAACCAGCAACACGAUUUUCUUAACUGUAACUGGCAAUACCCCAGUAGUGUCAGCCAAUCAGGACUCCUAUUCCGUCACUACCGGCAACUCGGUCACGCUCCACUGUUCUGUGUUCGCCGUGCCAGCAGCCACGUCGGUCCAGUGGGAACGAACCAGAAACAGUGUCACGUCUAGUAUGAACAUAAACAGUGUGGAUUACGGGGGAUCCAGCGUCAGUUCUCCGUCCCUGGAAAUAUACAGCGCAGAGACGUCGGACACGGGCGUGUACGUCUGUAGGGCGACCAACACAGUGGGCACAGGACAGAGUGUUUCUAUAACACUGAGUGUUACAGGCAAUAUUCCAACCGUGACAAUUGCCCAAAGUUCCUACAGCGUAACCACUGGUACCACGGCAACGCUGUCUUGCACGAUAUCCGGAAUUCCAGCCUCCAGCAUUGUUACCUGGCAGAAAACACGAAAUAGUGCGACAAGCACAGUGACCAUAGAUGGUGCUAAAUACAACGGAGGAAGCAUCGCUUCACCGUCCCUGAUUAUCAGCAAUACUGACAGUAACGACGAGGGUAGCUACGUCUGCCAAGCCACCAACAGUGUCGGAACCGGGUCAAGCUCUUCCACUACGCUGACCGUUACAGGAUCUGUUCCAUCUGUGAGCAUCGUGCAGAAUCAGUACACCGUGACUAAGGGAAGUAGUAUCACGCUCCAGUGCACAGUCUCCGCCUCCCCGACAGCCACCUCCGUUACCUGGAAACGCAUCUCAAAUGCCGCGACCACGGUGAUCACGGUUGAUGGUACGAAGUACAGUGGAUCAUCCGUGAGCACUCCCUCCCUGACUAUAAAUAGCGCGGCCAGCGUGGAUGCUGCAGCCUACAUAUGCACUGCCACCAACGUCGUUGGAGUAGGGGAGAGCUCUCAAACAGUCCUCGGUGUCUCGGGAGAUGUGCCUACAGUGACUGUUGGAGCUGCUAGCUACUCUGUUGUCACUGGGUCCUCUAUAACUCUUGCCUGUAAUGUUGCGGCCACUCCAGCAGCUAGCGCCAUCUACUGGCAGCGUAUCAUCAGCGGUACCACCACCACAAUGAACAUUGACGAGGUCAACUAUUUCGGUGGCUCACUUACGACACCUUCACUGACCAUUCAGACAUCGUCGUCCAGCGAUGAGGGUUAUUACAUCUGCUCGGCCAGUAACAGCGUGGGCACUGGUCAGAGUGGCCAGACCUACUUGACCGUUACAGGAGGCGUUCCUGCAGUAACUAUCCCUCAGACUUCCUACAGCGUCGUCAGGGGUAGCAGCAUCACCAUCCCCUGUACCGUGUCGUCAUCACCAUCCGCAACAAGCAUCGUGUGGGAACGCAUCAUUAAUGGUGCCGCAUCUACACUGACCAUUGAUGGGACGAAAUGGUCCGGAGGGUCACUCAGUGUACCGUCUUUGACCAUCAGUAACUCGGCCACCAGUGACCAGGCUUAUUACGUGUGUAAAGCUACCAACUCUGUAGGGACAGGACAGAGUUCACAAUCGUACCUCACGGUCACAGGAAGUGUACCUGUGGCGACUAUCAGCCAAUCACAAUACACUGUAGUCCAGGGCGUGUCCAAGACCAUCGACUGUACAGUAUCUGCCUCUCCUGCAGCCAAUUCCGUCUCGUGGGAGCGGAUCAACGGAGGAGUGACCACCACGUUGACCAUGGACGGCACCAAGUUCUCUGGAGGUCAGCUUAGUACGCCAUCCUUGACCAUCAUCAGUGCGGCCAGCAGUGACCAGGGUUACUACGUAUGUACAGCGAUGAACAGCGUCGGAAUCGGCAGGAGCUCCCAGGCCUAUCUCACAGUCACGGGCAGUGCACCUACCGUGACCAUUGGUUCAUCAACAUACACCGUUGUCAUCGGCAACACCAUCACGCUUGGCUGCACAUUUACCUCAAGUCCCUCAGCAACCUCACUGAAGUGGGAGAAAUUCGUCAACGGUGUCGCCUCAACAAUCACAAUUGACGGGACGAAGUAUGGUGGCGGAAGUCUAAGCUCGCCAGACCUGACCAUCAAUACGGCGGCCUCCAGUGACCAGCUGUAUUACAAAUGUUCCGUGUCUAACAGUGUCGGCGAGGGUAGCAGUAGUCAAACCUACCUCUAUGUUACCGGCAAUAUCCCAUCUGUAAGUGUUAGUCAGACCUCGUACAGUAUUGGCUAUGGAAGUUCAGUCACCCUGAACUGUGCCGUCACGUCAACACCAGCCGCUAGCUCAGUCUUCUGGGAGCACACAGACUCAAACGGUGUCACUUCCACCGUGACGAUCGGUUCAGGCUAUCAGGGAAGCACAUUAAGCUCUCCGUCGCUGGUCAUCUCCUCGGCCGCGCUCGCUGACCAGGGCUCGUAUUACUGCAAGGCGACCAACAACGUGGGAACAGGAACCAGUAGUCAGGUCUACCUCUACGUCACUGGAGAUACGCCCAAUUUGACAGUUGGGGCGGCAACUUAUAGUGUACCCAUCGGCGGCAGUGCCACCCUCGGUUGUACCAUCACCUCCUCCCCGGCUGCCACCUCCAUCUUCUGGUCAAAGGUCACCAAUGGGGCCAGUAGCACCAUCUCGACGGCUGGCAACUCUAGGUACAGCGGAGGAACACUUUCCAGUCCGUCUCUGGUCAUCACGAGUCUUCAAAGUUCGGACGCGGGGUCCUACAGAUGUAACGCGGUGAACAGUGUGGGAACUGGUCAGAGCAGCCUGACGAGCCUCAUCGCCACGUAUGCCCCACAAAACACAGUUGUUUCCCCUUCUUCCCUGACGAGGGAUGAAGGGCAGACAAUCUCUGCUACCUGUACCUCUGACGCAAGUCCCAAUCCAACAUUCGCCUGGGUCAAGGUCAGCACAAACCAACAGUAUGGUACCUCCAAUACGCUGACCAUCUCCAGCAUUGACCGUGGCCACGACGGAGAUUACAGGUGUACAGCCACAAAUAGCCAGGGGUCAGACACAGCCACAAUGACCGUCAAUGUCCGAUAUCGCCCAGUGAGUACAGUGACCAGUGCCCAGGCAUCCGUGGUAUUGAGCUCUGGUCAGUCCCAGACCCUACAGUGUAAUACCGUUUCGAAUCCGUCAGUGUCAUCGUACUCUUGGACAAAGGACGGAGUGUCCCUCACCAGUGCCACCAGUCAGAAUUAUAUCGUAACCAUUAGUGCGUCCUCGGACUACGGAACAUAUUCAUGUUACGCCACCAAUGCUGUCGGACAAUCCAAUGCUAUCCCAUUCGCUGUCUCAUCGGGCACUACAGGAACAACAAGUGGACCCGCUACAGGGGCAUCAACUGCAGAUACCGGUCUAACAUCGGGAACGAUCGCAGCCAUCAUUCUCGCCAUCCUCUUCAUCCUUCUUAUCCUUCUCCUUGUCAUCUGCUGUUGCUGCAUGAAAGGUGUGUGUGGUAAGAAGGAGAAGAAGAAGAGGAAGAUUGAACCGACAGUGAUCAGGGAAGAACCAAAGGAGAUUAUCCGGACUAUUGAGAUACCACGCUACGUGGAGAAACCCUUCGUCUACAGGGAACCAGCGUACAGGGAACCAGCGUACAGGGAACCGGUAUACAGGGAGACCUACAGGGAACCUUCCGCCGUUUCUCGCCAGGAUGUGGUCAUCGCUGAGGAGAAUUUCGACAUUCUGAAAUAUCAGACCGUUCCCCCAUCUGGGACCUCAAUAGAUGAUUCACUGGAGCAUAACCACCGCCGCAGCUUUCGAGCACCAGCCAAUCUCCCAGCUUUGGAGUAUACUGUUGAAGCCACGACAACCGCUGAUGAUGAGGAACGUCGACGACGCCGGAGGAGCAAAAAGAGGAGGAGGAGGCAUCGCGAGGAGGGUGAGGGAGAGGAGAGGGAACAUCGCAGUACCUCUCGCCGACGACACAGGAGGAAACGUCACGAGGAGGUCGAAGGAGAACCAAUAAUUACGAAUGGGGAUGUAUACUACAGAAAUUACUCUAACAACGCCGACACCAGCGAACAAUAUUACUACAACUAGGGAUGUCAUUACAACUAAUUACGACUAAAAUUAUAACUACAAACGCUGACACAGGCAAACACUGUUACUGCAACUAGAGGUGUCAGUAUAGCUAACAACAACUUGAUGAAAUACUAUUACAAAAGCUGACACCAGCAAACGAUGUUUCUACAACUACAGUUGUCAGUUAAACUAAUGACAACUAGAAGUAUAACUACAAAAACUGACCCUCAUAAACAAUGCUACUACGACUUGUAAUGUCUUAGCUAGCUACCAAGGCAAUGAACAAUACAACUACAAAAGCUGACCCUCAUAAACAAUGCUACUACGACUUGUAACUUAGCUAGCUACCAAGGCAAUGAACAAUACAACUACAAGUAAGAGUUGUCUGUGACAGCUAGCUUCCAACAACAAUUUACAAAAUAAUUACAUCUGUUGCUGCCAUGUUCACCUAGCCACCCACUUUGUAGAAAAUUUAAUACAAAAUCUACAUUUUUGAUUCUGCAACUUCAGGGAGAACAAUUAUUAUAGAGGUAAGGUAAAACUAUGUGGGGUUUUUUGGGGUUUUUUUUAUAGAUUGAAAUUUCGUUUUUUUUUUUUUUUAAUGGAUUUGAUCUUUUCUAACAAAUUCUAAAAUUGAUUAAAAGGGGACAUAACUCUAUAAACAGUGACUAACAAACAGAUUGUCAUAAAUAGUGUCUGUGUCACUAUGAUUUCAUUAGCAUACAAAAUUGUGAAAUGCUCUGAAACUUAUUAAGUAUGGAUCAAUAAUGUUUUUAUGUAACAUUUUAUGCAAUGAAUUUAAUUUUUUUGAUAAUUUAAAAAAAAACUAA